AUGGUUUUACAGUACAGUGUAUUUUUCAGCAAACGCGACUCGGCCACUCGCUCAGGGCCCGCCGGUCACGACCACCUUAAAUGGGUGCCCACUUCUUCCACCCUCAUAUAUGGCGACAAAGAUGCCGUUUUAGUGGACGCACAGUUGACUUCCCAAGCGUCGAAUGAGCUCCUGGAUUGGGUUGUCGAAAGCGGCAAGAACAUCACUCAUAUCUAUGUUACACAUGCCCACGGCGACCAUUUCUUUGGCGGCGCGCCCAUUCUGGAGCGGUUUCCUAGUGCCAUCAUGGUCGCAACACCUGAAGUUGUGGCCAGGAUGAAGCUAGAGACUGCGCCAGCGCGUCUCGCCGGGCUCUGGGAAAAGCUGUUUCCGGGCCAGAUUCCGCCGACCUUACGGGUUGCCGAGCCUCUUGGGCAAGACUACCUUGAACUUGAAGGUGAGAGGCUGGUGGUUGUCAGGACGGGUCACACGGACACGGAUGAUACGACAACUCUCUGGGUUCCCUCUAUCAGGCUCGCCGUGACUGGCGAUGCUGUGUACGCAAACACUCAUCCGUAUCUGGGAGAGUCUGGAACAGCUGCCAAGCGAAGGGAGUGGAUUGAGGCUCUGGACACUAUCGCUGCACUGGAGCCCGAUCAUGUUGUGGGCGGGCAUAGUGACCCAAGUCGCCCAUUUGGGAUUGAAGCAAUUGAGGAUACUAAGACAUACUUGGAGGUCUUUGAGAAACUGAGCGGUGAGACUAAGACAGCCGAAGAGCUUUAUGCCCGUAUGAUGGAGAUCUAUCCAGACCGUCUCAAUCCUGGGUCUCUAUGGGCAGGUGCUAUCUUAGUCCAUAAGACAUAG